CGUCAGAAGUGUUUCGCAUCAGCCUGUCAAGUUGGUGUGCUGUGCCGAGUAAACACUGUUACUCAAUGGAAGAGCCUUUGUGUUCAUUUUAAAGAAUAAUUAGAGUUUUAUUUCACUUAAACAGCAUGAGGCACGCUUGUCUGUUAAUUUUGGCAGUGUACAUAUUUUUAGUAAAUGCCACCGAAUUAACAUUUGAACUGCCCGAUAACGAGAAACAAUGUUUUUACGAGGACCUAGACGAGGGAGCCAAGUUUGAAAUAGACUUUCAGGUUAUAGCUGGAGGGAACUAUGAUGUUGACUGUUUUGUGACAGAUCCAAUGAAUAAUGUCCUGUAUCAGGAACGAAAGAAGCAAUAUGACAGCUUUUCCCAUACAACAACCACGAAGGGAGUGUACAAGGUUUGCUUCAGCAACGAGUUCUCAACCUUCUCUCACAAAACGGUUUACCUGGACUUCAGAACUGGAGAGGAGAUCCCAUUACUGCCUGACAUGAACAGAGCAACAGCUCUCACACAGAUGGAGUCAGCCUGCAUGUCCAUCCAUGAGAUCCUGAAAGUGGUUGCAGACUCUCAGACUUGGUAUCGUCUUCGGGAGACUCAAGACCGAAUCAGGGCAGAAGACCUGAAUGAACGUGUUGCCUAUUGGUCCAUUGGAGAGGCCAUCAUCCUAUUUGUUGUUAGUAUUAGCCAGGUGCUUAUACUUAAAAGUUUCUUCAAUGAGAAGAAAACCUAUGUUGCCACCAGCACAUAGACUCUGUUCUCUUGUCUGCCUUAUUCUAUCCUUUAAGAUAAUCAGCUGAUCAGACUGUUGCCUACAACCAACCAAAAAUUACUUCUAUUUCAAACAGAAUGCCUUAAUUGCAGAGUAAUAUACUAAAUGCUGUGCAAAGGUCAAUAUCUAUUGUAGUAAAUUCAAAUUGGUCUCUGUGUGCACUACUCUUAAUACUACUGCAGUAAUGGGAGGAUCUGCUGCACCUUUAUUCUGCCACGUCUUUUUUGUUGGUUUGUACCACUGAAUUAAUUAAUACUUAGUAUUCAGUGUUGUUCUUCUUUGAUCUUGUUUUGUGAAAAAAAUCAGCUUUUGUUCUCUUUAAAAAUGUCACUUGUUAAAGGGAUAAUUCACCCUCUCAUAAUUUACUACCCUCAUACCAUCUCAGAUGUUUAUGACUUUCUUCUGCUGAACUCAAACAAAGAUUUUAAGAGGACUAUUUCAGCUCAGUAGGCCCAUACAAUGCAAGUGAAUGGUGACCAGACCGUUCAAUCUCCAAAAAUCACAUAAAGGCAGCAUAAAAGUAAUCCAUAUGACUCCAGUGGUUUCAUCUAUUUCUUCAGAAGUGAUGCAGUCACUUUGGGUGAGAAACAGAUCAACAUUUCAAUCCCUUUUUUACUAUAUAUUUUUUACUUUCAGAAUAUGAAAGUGAAAGUGGAGAUAAAUAGUAAAAAAUAAUUUAUAUGAAUGACUUUUAUGCUGCCUUUAUGUGAUUUUUGGAGCUUGAAAGUCCUGGUCACAUUCACUUGCAUUGUAUGGGACUAUAAUAUUCUUCUAUAAAUCUUUGUUUGUGUUCAGCAGAAAGAAAGUCAUACACAUAUGGGAUGGCAUAAGGGUGAGUAAAUGAUGGGAGAAUUUUCAUUUUUGGGUGAAAUAUGCCUUUAAAUAUUUCACCUGUUAACAUUAAAUGCAUAUUUCUUAUUAUACACCUUUAUACGUAUAUAAAACAAAUAAUUUUAUUUUGGUAGUUAAAUAUUACAGUGAAUAUAUUACUGUGCUGAACAUGUUUUUCAAUGUUGCGAAGCCCCUCUUUGAAUAUUCCUAUAGGAACCACAUUCGAAAGGAAAAAUCCAUGGGAUUAUAUUAAACCAUCUAGCCAAAUAAAAACUGCUCAUUGAAAUUCAUAAUUUACUUCCCAUACAUAAUUUCAAAGAUUGUGCAACUUUAAGUGCCAACUGCAUGCACACCAUUACAGAUUUUUCCCAGCUAAAAGUUAUCAUGCAUCACUAACUUACAGUGCAAUUUAAACACUAUUUUUUCUAGACAUUACUAGAUUAUGUUAAUACUUAAUAACCAAUAAAUAUGUCUUUAUGCAGUGAGUCAGAGAUAAUGUUUACAGUUUCAAAUAUCUGUUACAAAUUUGACCAUUUCCCAUUUUUCAGCCCAAAAGUGUGAAUGGAAGAUGAAUUGAUUUGUGACAUUCAUUAAUUAGAAUUUGUCAUAAAUACCUUGCUUUGAGUUGUCUGUAUUCUUGCCUCAUUGUAUUAAUUGAAUAAAUAAAAACAAUGUU